AAUAUGCUUGAAGAACUAUUAAUUCAUAAGCCCGAUGAUCCCAUUCAGUUUAUGAUAAACCAUUUAAAGCAAAACAACGAUGAUGCUCCAAGAAUUUGUGUACUUGGCCCACCUGCUUCUGGGAAAACUACAGUUGCUAUGUGGCUUUGUAAACAUUUGGAUGCCGUACGUAUCUCUCGGGAGACUUUGUUAUCCAAGGAAAUAUUAGCGCUGACAAAAGAAGCAAAAGCGUAUAAAGAAAGAGAACAGAAAAUUCCCAACGCGCUUUGGGCCAAUCUGAUCCAGGAACGUCUGUCAAACGUGGACUGCAUCAAACAAGGAUGGAUUUUGGAAGGCUUCCCUGAAAAUCAGGAGCAAGCAUGGAUGCUGCAAUCAUCUAGCAUCUUUCCUAGACAUGUUGUUGUGCUUUAUGCUCCAGACGCUAUGCUGAUUGAGAGGAACAGGGGGAAAAGGCUUGAUCCCUUCACAGAAGAGGUGUACCAUAAAACCUUCAACUGGCCAACCGAUCCGCUGGUGCAGCAACGUUUGGUGAAGCCAGAAGAUCUGUCUGAAGAGCAGCUCUCAAAGAAACUGCUGGAAUAUCACAGAAACUUCCCUGAGGUUUUCCAGAUCUAUCAGAAAGUUUUGAAAUCGAUCAAUGCAGACCAGCCUUCCGUGGAUGUCCUUUCACAGGUUUUUAGGUAUGUCCAAACACGGCACCGAUCAGCGGCCCCCUUUAUACCCCGGAUUCUCUUUUGUGGACCCCCAGGCAGUGGGAAGAGCCUCCAGGCAGCACUGGUAGCUCAGAAAUACGGCGUCGUCAACAUUUGCUGUGGGCAACUGCUAAAGGAAGCUAUUGCAGACAACACAAAACUUGGAGAACUCAUUAAGCCUUACGUUGACAAUGGAUAUCCAGUUUUGAAUGUCCCUUGGACAGGUCUGGUUGGUGUCAAGGAGAGAGAGGACUGGGCAGCUGAUCCCACUGUUGGGGAUCUAGAGCGCUGUGAUACUCUGGAGAAGCUGGAAGAGUAA